UCCUUUAGACCUAGUUUGUUUACAUUCUGAUUCUGAAUAAUAUGAAUGUUUUUUUUGUAUAUAAUAUUUAAUAUUUAUUAAUAAAUAAUUGUUCCAAAGUUUACUUAAUGUUUAAAAUGAAUUUAGUAAAGAAUUUUUAAUGAUCGCGUUAAACAUUUCGGAGUUUUCUUUAAAUAUUUAUUUUGAUAAAGUUGACAUAUGAACUUAAAUAUGUUGACUGAAUUUUACAUCGACGUUCGAGGGUAAUGAAAGAACCCUUCACAUUAGAUACAAAAUAACAACGAGACUCUAAAGAAAUUCACAUGAACAUACGAUAAUGGUUCCUUUCAAGAAAUUCUUUUUCCUGUUCAGAUAGACAUAUAGUAAAAACGAAUGAAAUAUGUUGAGGAAUUCUAUUAUUAGCGCAUCUGAUCGCAUUUUUCCUGGCUUAGUUUAUCAUCACCAUAAUAAAGAGUUCUUUGACAUUGGAAUCGAAGUGAGAUCCAAUUUAUUAUUGCAAAUAUUUCUAUACUUCAAUGUAUGGUUCUACCCAGUUUGGAUUUGGAUUCUUCUAUGCAGCCUGGAUGCAAAAUACUACAAAUUAGGUGAUGUCUAUCAAUUCAUAAGUGUUGCUGUUUUUAUUGCCGUAACUAUUUUAGAAGGCGUGAGAUUAUAUCUGGGUUACCUGGGAAAUUUAGCAAUAAAAAUUCCUGAACUGGCAAGUUUUUGGUUAAUAUCAACAUUACUGCAACUUCCACUCGAGUUGUUUCUCAUUUUUGAUACAAAAAACAUUCCUGUGUUAAGUGAAAAAAUUGCUAACAUUCUGGCAAUAAUUUUUCUACUUGGAGAAAUUAUAACAGGAACAAUGGCAUUAAGAAAUUUAGCUGAUUCGCAUGCUAAAAGAUUUUACAUAGGACAAUUAUAUGGAGUGGAAGAUAAAUUAGACUAAUUUUUAUUUCUUUUAUUUUUAAACAUUAAAUUUAUAUUUUUACUAUAUUUUAGGUGAAAUUAUACUGAAUAUUGUAUUAUUCAUUUAAAUAAAUCUUGUAUUUGGAAAGUUUA